CGGGACUUCCAAUGUGGGUGACCCUUCCGCUUGAGCUUCAGGCGGACAUUCCCUGACACCUUCCCCUCCUCCUCACCUCUGGUCACCGAGACCCGCUUCUCCUUCAGUGACUGUUGGAGCCGGGAAACAAGACGACUGGCCGGAGAGCGAAGGGAAGGCGGAGGAGAACAUAAUGUUGUGAUCCUGACCUCCACUCACUGUCAUGGCGACCUGGUCCCGCACAGCUGUGUUGAAUCUCUACCGCGCUCUCCUGCGAGCAGGUCAGCACCUGCGGUACACUGACCGAGAGUAUUACUAUUCGUACGUUAAGCGGGAAUUCAGGAAGAACCAGCAUCUCACCGAGGAGCAACAGAGAACUCAACAACUGAAGAAAGGCAUUUACUUUCUGAACAAUAAGCUUGGAGGCCUGGUUUAAUUAAUGGCCGAAGCUUAGUAGCUGAUUUGAGAAUUCUAGUUGUACCGUGUUUAACAUGGCUGGUGCUGGGGAAGGAAAGAGCAAGAAGGGGGAUAAUGG